AUGAUGUGGUUGUUUUUAAUGACAACCUGUUUGAUAUGUGAAACCUUACGUGCUGGUGGAUUCUUGGAUUUGGAAAAUGAAGUGAAUCCUGAAGUAUGGAUGAAUACUAGUGAGCUCAUCAUCUACAAUGGCUACCCCAGUGAAGAGUAUGAAAUCGUCACGGAGGAUGGAUACAUACUGCUUGUCAACAGAAUUCCCCAUGGGCGAAGACAUGCUAGGAGCACAGGUCCUCGGCCAGUUGUGUACAUGCAGCAUGCCCUGUUUGGAGACAACACCUACUGGCUUGAGAACUAUGCCAAUGGAAGCCUUGGAUUCCUGCUAGCAGAUGCAGGUUAUGAUGUCUGGAUGGGAAACAGUCGGGGAAACACUUGGUCAAGAAGACACAGAACACUCUCAGCAGCUGAAGAGGAAUUCUGGGCCUUUAGUUUUGAUGAAAUGGCCAAAUAUGAUCUCCCAGGAGUAAUAGACUUCAUUGUAAAUAAAACUGGUCAGGAGAAGUUGUAUUUCAUUGGACAUUCACUUGGCACUACAAUCGGGUUUGUAGCCUUUUCCACCAUGCCUGAACUAGCACAAAGAAUCAAAAUGAAUUUUGCUCUGGGUCCUGUGAUCUCAUUUAAAUAUCCCACGGGCAUUUUUACCAACUUUUUCCUACUUCCAAAUUCCAUACUCAAGGCUAUUUUUGGUACCAAAGGAGUGUUUUUAGAAGAUAAGAAGGAGAAGAUACCUUCCACCAAAAUAUGCAACCGUAAAAUAUUCUGGCUGUUGUGUAGUGAACUUUUGUCCUUAUGGGCUGGAUUCAACCAAAAAAAUAUAAAUAUGAGUCGCAUGGAUGUGUAUCUGUCACAUGCCCCCAGUGGAUCAUCAAUGCAGACCAUGCUUCAUAUCAAACAGCUUUACCGAUCUGAUGAAUUCAGAGCUUAUGACUGGGGAAGCGAAGCGCAAAAUAUGCAGCACUACAAUCAGAGUCGUCCCCCACUGUACAACUUGACUGCCAUGAAUGUGCCUACUGCUAUUUGGUCUGGAGGACGUGAUGUCCUUAUAACACGCCAAGAUGUGGCCAGGGUACUUCCCCAGAUCAGGAGUCUUCGUUACUUCAAAGAGUUCCCAGAUUGGAACCACUUUGAUUUUGUCUGGGGUCUUGAUGCCCCUCAGCGCCUGUACAGUAAAAUCAUAGCGCUAAUGAAGGAAUAUUCCUAA